AUGCUUUUUAAACAAUGGAAUGACUUACCAGAACCAAAACAUCUGCUAGAUCUCCCAGAGAUUUCAAAAAACCUGCAAUCUUUAGAAGUCUGCCCGGUUCCAAAAGUUGAGUUUCCUCAGGACUUGGAUGUUCCUCAAUAUUCGACAGCCGUCAUUACUACUAAGAUAAUGAACCCAUUAUUCCCCAAAAAUCUGCUUCAAUUAACCUCUAUUGGUGAAAUUAAAACUACAUUGACGGUGAAAAGUCCAAGUCUUCCCCAAUCUUCAGGUAAACACUCGUGGAAUUACGACGAAAACUUUCCAAACGAGGUUGAUCCUGAUCAAAAAAAUGACACCGCCGAUGAAACAGUAUAUGGUUUUUCUUUCCCGAUUUAUUCAUUUGGAAAGACGUUAUUAUUUUCUAUGGAGGAGAAUUUCAUUAGUAUAUCGCCGAUUUUUGGUAACAUGAUAAGUAGAUCUAUCAUAUCACAGUUAGCCCAGUUCUCCCCUGAUAUAAUAGUAAUUGGCACCUCUGAUAAAAUCGCCAGCAUGAAGGUAAUGACGGAAAAUGAAUGUACACUACAACCACCAGAAUUUAUAACGGGAUUCAUAGGAAGUGUGCUAACACAAUUGAUUGUCGGUCCCAGUAAGGGACUGAAAUUUAAAUGUCUUGUAGCGCCUAGUGAGGGGCCUAAUGGAUUUGAGAAACUUUCGUUGUCUGACAUGGGUUCUUUAGUUGAUUUGUGCGGUCAAUGGCUUGGUUUUGAGCCUUCAAGAUAUUCUGAAGAAUGCUAUCGCUUAUGGAGGUGUGAUAGCGCGGCAAUUGGUGCACAAUCAGGCCUAUAUAUAUGA